GUUGCGAAUAAGGAAGUACAGCAGCUACACCAAUGUGAACCAACAGACCAUACAGCAUAUAAAUGUAGUUAUUUAGCCACUAGUUUAUCAUUAUAUAAUAUUUUUAGGUCUAAAAUGGCCUGUUUCUUCAGGAGAAGCAUCGCAGCAAAGCUUGGGAGGACGCUGCAGCAGGCUGAGGAUGUCUUUAUUCCUGCUCUGUCAGCAGUUCCAGUUUUUAAGAAACAGCAGACUUCUGACUUCAAACUGUCCAUUAACACAUUACGAACCAGUGGGAUUUUACCAUCCAGUGGUGACAUUCAGCAGCAGACUGAAAACUUGGCCAAUCAGUUAAAGCAGGACAGUGUGGUGGAGCACACUUCUGCUGGACCUGGAGUGAUCAACUUUAAAGUCAAUCGAAAACUUCUUGUCCAGAAAGUGUUGGAGCCAUUUGGAAAGGGGGAGAAUGAGAAAUUUGGGUUGAACAGUGAACUUUUCAAAACUCUUCACAGAGGAACAACAUUAGUGGAGUAUAGCUCUCCAAAUAUCGCCAAAAAAUUUCACGCUGGUCAUCUGCGAUCUACGAUUAUUGGUAACUUCAUCGCUAACUUGAAGCAGGCUCUUGGUCAUAAUGUUAUCAGGAUGAACUACCUUGGAGACUGGGGAAUGCAGUUCGGUUUGCUGGGAGCUGGGUUUGGUCAGUUUGGAUGUCAGGAGAAACUGAAACAGAAUCCCUUGCAGCAUUUGUUUGAGGUUUAUGUCCAUGUGAACAAGGAAGCAGAGCACAAUGAGAAUAUGAAACAGGCCGCCAGGGAUUUCUUUAGACAGCUGGAGCAGCAUGAGAGCGAGGCUGUGUCUCUAUGGCAACAGUUCAGAGAGAUCACAGUGGACGAGUAUCAACAAGUUUAUAAGCGGUUGGGGGUCCACUUUGACGUUUACUGCGGAGAAUCCUUUCACCAGGAUCGUGCGCAGGAGGUGGUGCAGCAGCUGCAGAGUCGAGGCCUCCUGAAAAUCUCAGAGAAAGGAACAGGUGUAGUGGAUCUGUCACCUGCUGGAGACAUGAGCAGCAUAUGCACGGUGCUCCGCAGCGACGGCACAACUCUGUACAUCACCAGAGAUCUCGCUGCAGCAGUUGACCGAAAAGAAAAAUAUAAUUUUGAUGAGAUGAUCUAUGUGGUGGAUAAGAGUCAGUCAAGUCACUUUCAACAUCUAUUCCAGAUCCUUCUCGCUUUGGGACAUUCUUGGGCUGAUAGGUGUCAACAUGUUUCCUUUGGCCUGGUGAGGGGUAUGAAGACUCGGAGCGGUGAGGUCGUGUUCCUGGAGGACAUGCUGAAUGAAGCUCGGGCCAGGAUGCUUCACAACAUGAGCCAGUCAAAAACAACAAAGGAGCUUGAAAAUCCAGAGGACACAGCAGAGAAAGUAGGAAUCAGUGCACUAAUUGUCCAGGACUUCAAAGGUCCGCUGCAGUCAGACUACACCUUUGAUUGGGAGCGGAUGCUGCAGGCUCAGGGAGACACAGGAGUGUUUCUGCAGUACACACAUGCUCGACUCUGCAGUUUAAUAGAGCAAAAUGAAGGAGCACAGGUAGCAACAUUUGAUCCAUCUCUCCUGCUGGAGCAGACAAGUAUAAGCAUCCUGCAGCACCUCCUCCGUUAUGAUGAGGUGUUGUUCCAGUCAGCUCAGGAUCUGCAACCUAAACACCUGGUCAACUUUUUACUGAAGCUGUGCCACCUCAUCGCCUUGGCACACAAAGAGCUGCAUGUGAAAGGAAGCUCCCAAGAUGUUGCACAGGCAAGGUUACGGCUGUUCAGCAGCGCUUGCACAGUCCUAGCAAAUGGGAUGAGGAUCCUGGGAAUUUCACCAGUGGAUAAAAUGUAAACUAUCAGUUAUUUCA